AUGGGAUGUGUUUUGAAUGCCCAAACCAAUGCCUACUUACCAACGGAGCUUCGUUCUUUGACAAACGAUUACGAAACCGAAUAUUAUUAUUUUAAUUAUGAAACGAAUACGUUAAAUUGUAAAUUAGUAACGACAAAUUUAUAUCAUUCAUAUUUCAAACAGUUAUACCCAUCUACCAUCAAUGAACACGAACUAAAUGAUGAUAUGUUAGAUGCUUUACGAUCUUAUACAGACAGCAAAACAAAUGAAUGUUUUAUGAAAACGAAUUUAAAUUUAUUAAGUGCUAAUUCAAAUGAUAUCGAUUGGAUUUAUGUUAAUCGAUUACGUUCAUUAAUACGAGGUUUAGUUCAAUCAAAUAUUAAACAUAUUUAUUAUCGAGGUUUAACAUUGAGCGAUACAGAAGUUCAAUAUUAUCUCGAUAAAAGAAAUCAAUACUAUUAUACUAAUUCUUUUACAUCCUUUACAAUCGAUCGUUUACUUGUCUAUUCUGGUAAUGCUAUAUUAAUGUUAAGAACCGAUACGUGUAAUGAAAAGGCUAAAAUUAAUCUAGCGAAUAUAUGGAAAUGGAGUACAUUUACUGAUGAAAAAGAAGCCCUGUUAGCUGUCGGGACUAAAUUGAAAAUUUUGAGUGUACAUUAUUUUGGUUGUAAAUGGGAAAUUGAAGUUGAAUUAGCAGAAGACGAUAUAGAGCAGAAUGAAGAUCAAAUUUGA